AAUGUUGAUCGUGGCGCGCGGCCCGCCGCAGAAAGCGCUGGAAGACGGCGGUGCGCGCGGCUGCGAGCGAAGACAUGGCCCACGCUAAAAUUCAGCACAAAAUCAUGAGCGAAGGACUCGGAGCCAAAGGCAGCAGGUUCGACCGGACCGUGUCCAUGGCCGACCGCUCGGGCCGCCUGCUGGACAGUCUCGACGAGCUGGAGCGCCGGGUGGAAGCUCUACGCGAGUCAGCAACAGCCAUGGAGCAGGAGAAGGAGAGUUUACUGGAGAUGAUCCAGUCCAUCCAGAACAGUCAGGAGAUGCGCACCAUCAGUGACGGAGAACGGGAGGAGCUCACUUUAACCGCCCAUCGCCUGUUGGGAAGAACCCUCACGGUCCAAGUUUCAGUGGAAACCAUCCGUAACUCCGAGCAAGAGGAAGCCCUGAGGAAGGCAACGUCCAUCAUCGAUGACGUCGCCUCGAAGGUGAUAGACGAUAUGGACGGAGCGAGAAAGCGACUCAUGGCGCUGCACGCGGCCUGCGUCACCGAGGCUCCCCCGGUCCCCAUCGACCAGAAGUUCCAGAACAUCGUCAUCAGCUGUGCCUUGGAAGACCAGAAGAAGAUCAAGAGGAGACUAGACACGCUGAUCAGGAACAUUGACAACUCCAGCAAAACGAUUCGCAUCAUGGAUCGCCAGAAAGUUGACGAGUUUCAAAGCGUCAACGGCAAAUAAUCUUAACGUCGUACGAAAAAGCAACGUUCAAGAGGAUCUGGCGUUCUGCUUCUAACCGCACGUUCUUGUCACUCGGGAUACUAGGCGCACGCAUUUUUACCGAUCGGUGCUGAACCACAACGCAAAGUACAGUCUCUGAAAAGGAUGUUUGUAAGUGACCAAAUACUAAGAACUUUUAGACCAUCUUGUAAACUUGGUUAAUAUCCUAGUUUCAAUAUUGCCCAAAAGGAAGGCAGUAAAAACUUGUUUGUAUCACAAUACCUCAAAUACGGUGAAAGUAUGACUAGGUUUUUGCGUUCGGCCGUUUGUGAGCAUCCACGCUCAGGUAAUAGCAAAGUUAGUUCAGGCCAAAGUUUAAAAAAAAAAA